CACUAAUCGACUGUUUGCUGCAGACCACCGCUAUCACACACAUCCAAAUACCUAUGUUUGCAAAGUCUUGUCGAUAUCCACUACUGUUAGGGUCACUAUGAGUUAGGUCAUCAUGAAGUCAGGUGCUCGCACCUUGGAUGACCCGGUCGGAGUUAACCGCUGCUUUCUUCCUGCAUCCGUUCAUCCGCCUGGCAUCAUGACAAGGCAUCUCGGCUACAACCCUGCAUUUCUUCCAACUAAUUGAAUUGAUCGACCUCAAUAUGGCUCGCGCUGCAAUGAGCAAACUCUCCUGGGAGAGUCAUGUCCUCCGUCCCGUGCAAAACGCACCUCCUGCCAUCAUUCCCACACUAAUCUACGGUACCGCUUGGAAGAAAGAUCAGACCGCCGAUUUGGUACACCAGGCGCUCGGAGCUGGUUUCCGCGCCGUGGACACUGCUGCCCAACCCAAGCAUUAUCGCGAGGACUUGGUCGGGGAAGGCAUACGCAGGGCCCUCCAGGACGGCUAUGUCCGACGAGAAGAUCUUCAUGUCCAAACCAAAUUUACUUCUGUCAAUGGCCAGAGUCCAGAUAAUAUGCCGUAUGACCCCAAGGCCUCGGUGACCGAUCAGGUCCAUGCGUCUAUCAAGUCGUCGCUGCAUAAUCUCCGGCCGUCGGGCACGGCAGAUAGCGAGAAUGAUGCAUACAUUGACAUGCUCAUCCUGCACUCACCGCUGCCGACGAUGUCUCAGACAUUGGAGGCUUGGUCAGCAGUUGAAAGCUAUGUUCCUCACCAGAUCCGUAACCUGGGUAUAUCCAAUACCACUCUGUCCAUCCUGAAAGAGCUCUUUGCCCAAGCGAAAGUGAAGCCUGCUGUGGUUCAGAACCGAUUCUAUGCCGACACGCAAUACGAUGUUCCCUUGAGGGCCUUUUGCCGGGAAAAUCAGAUCAUCUACCAGAGCUUUUGGACGCUAUCGGCAAACCCUGAAUUGAUUCGCUCGGAUGCCGUUCAGCUGCUUGCCCACGAGGCAGACAUCUCGCCAGCUGCAGCCCUUUACUGUCUUGUUCUAGGACUGGGAUACACUACGGUGUUGGACGGUACGACCAAGCGGCAUCAUAUGGAGGCGGACUUGGCUGCCCUGCAGAAGAUCGAGCGGUUUACAGAGAACCAGCCAGACCUGUGGCAGAGAAUACUGAAACGCUUCCAGCAGUUGACUGGUGACCAGACAGUGGAAUAGCUGAUCCUCUUGAUGGUUUGAGCGUCUGAUUGUCUUUCAUCCUGUACAUCUGUGCCUGGCUUCAUCCAGCCCCUAGAUGUUUGACUAGGGAAAAAUUUUGAAGGGUCAGAAAUCGAUAGAAGCAUCGUGAAACCUCUGGAAGGAAAUCAGGCUUUGGGACAGGCCGUUUGAAAGAAUGGGCCAAGUCGAGGCCGCAAAGAUUAGCGGGUGGUGAUUGGAUAAUGGGGCAGUGGGGAGCUUGCCGUCCCGAAGGAAGCCAACCUCACUAGCAAGUACUUAGUAGAGGUCAUAACAGUAGCGUGGUCAGCCGCGAUGGUUGCCGUUGACGAUGGUUGCUGCCCGUAAAAGAGAACGAGUCUUUGACGCCCAGGAGUGAUACUAGAUUGAAUAACAACGGAAAACUGCCGAAUGUGACUGAGCAUCCCUCAC